CUUCGUUUAAUCUAUGGUUAAUUUCAAAUGUCAAAAAUAUAUUUCUAGCCCUGCUUUUUAAAAUCAAAAAAUGAUUCGAAGGGAUUUUUUUAAAAGAAUACUAUUAAUUCAAAGAAACGUUUCUGCUAGAUACAGUUCCUCAGAUUUAAAUCAAAUCAAUAUACAAAAACUUGAAGCUGAACAAUCAACCGAAGUCGUUGAUGAAGCACUGCAGCAAAGAGAAGCAGAAUUAGAACAAAAAAGAAACAAAUCGCGGUUGAAAGAUAAUCACCGUAGGAUUUUAAACGAUGAAGAUCCAUUUCCGGAGCCAGAAUUAUGGUAUCAAGGAACCCUUAAAUAUGUUAGACGAUCGUAUGGUCGGUAUGGAGCAUCUUCAGGUAUCGACCCAGCAUAUUGCUGGCCAAUUAAGCAAGAAUUGAUGGAUGCUAUCGAAUAUGAACAGAUUAAAUAUCCUUACACAAUCGGCGAGAUGGCGGAAAAAGCAAAAUUGAAAAGGGCAGAAAAAGAACAGAGUAUUAUGAACAGACAAAGAGAUAUAAGUAAAAAACUUGAGAAACUGGAACAGUGGAAGCUUGAACUACAACAGAAAAUUAUCAAGAAAGAAACUGAAGCUAACGAAGCAAAGGCACGUAGAGAAAGGUUAAUAGAAGAAGUCAGGAGACAUUUUGGUUAUGCAGUUGACCCUAAAGACGAAAAGUUCAAGGAACUGCUUGAAAAGAGGGAAAAAGAACAAAGAAAGGAGAUGAAGGAAGCUAGAAAGAAGGCCAAGGAAGAGAGAGCUACAAAGAAAUUAUUACAAAGUACCAAAACCAAUGUAAAACAAGAAGAGCCGGACGAUACAAAACAAGAAAAAUUAGAAUAAAUUUAACUUAAAAAUAUAUAGAAGAUUUUUUAUUUU